AGCAACUGAUAAAUUAAGAAGAAGCAAAAGAAAGCAGAAGAGAAUUAGGGUUUUGUGGCAAACCAAAUGGGAGAGUGGGUGACGCAGUGGCGGGUAGAAUUUUUGGGGAGGGAAUGGAACUUUGUGGAUAUAGGCUCAGUAGUUGUCGUUUUUGCUUUGCAUUUGCUUACUCUUUUAGCUCCAUUCCAUUUCACCUGGCCUGCAUUUUGGGUGGCAGUUGCACUCUAUUUUGUUGUAGGAGUGAGUGUAAAUCUUUCUUACCACAGGCAACUUUCCCACCGGAGUUUCAAGCUUCCCAAAUGGCUUGAAUACUUCUUUGCUUACUGUGGAGUCCUAUCAUUUCAGAGAAGUCCGCUUGAAUGGGUGAGCAUACACCGAUCUCACCACCAAUUUACAGAUACAUUGAAGGACCCUCAUAGUCCCGUUAGAGGAUUUUGGUAUAGUCACAUCGGUUGGAUCUUCGAUUUUCGGUCUCGGUUUGGAAGUUAUGAAGCACGACUUAAGAACGUUGGAGACUUGAAAAGAGAUCCAUUCUACAGAUUUCUUCAUUAUACGUACCCCCUUCAUGCAAUAAGUUUUGGAGUGCUGCUCUAUGCUGUUGGAGGACUACCUUUUUUGGUCUGGGGGCUGGGUGUAAGGUCAGUAAUCUUUCUCCACGCUACUUUUGGAAUAAAUUCGAUUUGCCACACAUGGGGAAAACAAGUAUGGAAUACUGGUGAUCUGUCUAGAAACAACUGGUUAAUUGGAUUGAUGGCUCAUGGAGAAGGUUGGCACAAUAAUCACCACGCAUUUGAACACUCAGCUCGGCAUGGCUUGGAAUGGUGGGAAAUUGAUGUUACGUGGUAUGUAAUAAGAUUUCUUGAAAUUAUUGGUUUGGCAACAGAAGUACAGCGUCCUACUGAGACACAGAAGAAACGAAAAGCUUUAUUAAGCAACAACGUGAACAACCAAACCAGGCAGCUCGAGGAAAAGCUUGAAACAGAAAUCAAUGGCGGAAAGAUUUGAACAACAAAAUCAUGGAAGCUUGAAUCUCGAUCCAGCUAUGAAGUUCAUCUCAGCUGGAUGCUUUAUAUGGUUUUAUCUUACAUCAAUAAAAAUCGUACUUCUCUAAAAAAAUAAAAAAAUAAAAGAGGCAGCCUAUAUGCUCCUCAA